GUUGUAAAGUGCAUUGUCUUGUUGUUGCCUGAUUUAUUUGUAUUGCGUGUUGACCGCGUUUCACUUCUGAGAAGAAUUAUUGGGAAAUUUCGAAUAUUAAUACAUAAAUAUAUUAAAAAAAUCAUAAAAAAGUCAAAACAUAAAACAGUGAAGUGCAAUUCUGUUAACAAAAACACUAACAAAUAUUUGUUUAAAUAAUUUUAUUACACCACAUAACCUCUCAAAAUAAUCGUGUUUCGAAAAAAAAUCCAUAUUGUUUAGCUAAUUAAAUUUAAAUCAUAUGCAUAACUAACUAGAAAAAUGUCUACACCACAAAUGUUAAAGAACCCUAAGAACCCUCAAUUAGUAUUUAAAAUGGGUAACCAUUAAAAAGUUAAAGAAUUCGUGCCGGAUUUAGUUUUAUAUCUUAAGGAAACAUUUAUUAAGUUUGUUAAAUACAACUUUUAUUAACUCUAAUAUGAGUCAUUGGUUUUUGUUUACCGUUAAGACUGGUUGAAGUUUCUUUCGACCACAAAAUACAAAACUACAAUCGCUAAAAACCAAAUGUGAACAUUAACACCUGUAAAUAAAAGCCUUAAAAGGAUUCAGAAAUCAAUAUUGAUGGGAUUGACAACGCCUGUUACCAUUAAAAAUUAAUUAAUAAGACAACAAUAUAAAACAAUCAACUAAUAAGUCAACAACUACAACAACACUAUAAAACCUAUAAUUACCAGCAACGAGGAAAUUUUGUAGAACAACAACAACAUUCUUUAUAGUGAAGUAACAACUAAAUAAAAAUCGCGCUAUUUCUUUCUUUGAAAUGUUAAAAAUUUUAUCCUGAUUUUUCGGGUUUCGAAAAGAUUUAAAAAAAUCACAGUUUAAAUUAAACAUCAUGGCGAAACAACGUUCCGGUUCCUUCAGCAUAUCGACACCUUGGGGUUAUAAACGUCAUUUACAGUUGUGUUUUGUUGCAGCUAGUAGUAUGUUCAUAUUGGGAUUUUAAGUACGGGCUGGUGCUAAGCCAUAUUACGUUUAGCUUUCCACAGAGUUUACAGGGUUUUUCCCUCACCCUUUAAUCGUUUCACCAGCAAAUUAUCGAGAAUAGGAUUGCGAGACAAUGAAGACGUAUAGUGGAAAACGUUUAACCAACGAUUCGUUGAUAAUGAUUUAUUAUCAUGAUUCUACAAUUGCGGUUACCGAAUUGGGACCACAGAAACUAUUGCUGGGCUGUGAACUAAUUGAAAUUUACAAUGACCAGGAGGGCAAAAUGUUACUACGUAAUCUCUCCAAAUACAAUCGCCCUUUGGAAAUUAAAUUCAAUGAAAUGCUUAAAUUAAUGAAUCAGUGUGAACGUGUCGAUAAACUUACUUAUGCUGCCCGUAAUACUGGCAAAUCUUCAGAUACGGCGGUCGCCACCUCCAAUUCCCAGAAUAAUGUGGCUUUAAAUUUAGCCGCAAACAUAUUUCCCAAGAGUCCCUUGUCGAUAUUGAGUGGUAUAAUACCAGGCACUAAAUGGUGUGGCACCGGUGAUAUUGCCGAAACUUAUAGCGAUUUGGGUACUGAAACUAAUAUGGAUCGUUGCUGUCGUCAACAUGAUUUAUGCCCAGUCAAAAUUAGGGCCUAUCAAAAUAAAUACGAUUUAAGUAAUGAUUCGUUAUAUACAAAAUCCCACUGUAUCUGCGAUGAUAUGCUAUUCUCCUGCUUGAAACAGACCAAUACUUCGGCUUCUCAGCUAAUGGGUUCGAUUUACUUCAAUCUGGUGCAAGUGCCCUGUCUGGCUGGUGAAAAUAAUCGUUAUCAAUUUAGAGCGGCUAAAGAAGGUUUUUGAGACAUGUUUGGAAGGAAAUAAGUCUCUUCGACUUUAAUUGUAUAUAAAAUUUAUAUAUAUUUUUUAAUAGAUUUAAUUUAAUCCUACAUUUAUAAGUAUAUAAUUUAACAAGUUUUUUACGAAUGUUAAAUAAUCGUGGGUUUUGAAAAACUGCUGAGUGCUCUGUUUUUAGUUUCUUUUUGUAUUUUAUUAAAAAAAUGAAGAAUUUAUGUUAAAAUGUUUAACAAAUAAAAUAAAUUAUUAUUUAUUAUAAAAAUAAACAAAAUCGA